ACAUAUUUCUAUUUAAUUUCAGAAAACAAAUAAUUUUUAAGAUAAAAACUGUUCAGAAGGUUUGAAAAGAAUUUGUCAUUUUUAAUUAAUCAAUUAAUCAGUUGACAGCCCUCUUGUGAACUGUAUCUUCGCUCAUCAACAGUUAUUUUAGAUUGGUUUUGCGCUCAUCUAAUAUUAAUUAUAGAAAUGCUUUCUGAAGAAUGUUAUGAAGAUAUUUGCCUCAAAGGCGACAAUGAAAUGCGUAUCAAAUAUGGAAGCAUGUCGAAUGACCAAAAUUUUAACAGAAAAAAUUGCAUAAGCCAUAUCGUUCGACCUGGUGAUACUCUGCAAGGAUUAGCGCUAUUUUAUGGAGUAAACAUGGAACAGAUUAAGCGAGCUAACAAAAUGUGGACUACAGACAGUCUGUUUUUACGUUCCUCUCUUGACAUACCUGUAGAUAAAGAAGCUUUGACUGUAUCUUCCAUAUCAUUCGAUUCAGGAUCACCACCGCAGUCACCAGUCAAGUAUUGUGAAAAUGGCGAUAGUUUCAUGAACUGUCAAACUUCUAUAGACUUGUCUAACCAAUUGAACUCCAGUAUUAGUGAUAAUAGCAGUAUAGCUGGAUUAGAAGACCGUGAAGAAAGCGCAGCUGAUUUUUUGAUUCGCAUUGAUAGCCAUAUUGCACAAACUAAGGACAAGGUUCAACGAUUGCAAAACAAAGUAGUAUAUUCCGAAGACGACCUUCAUAAUUCCAGGGGUGGUUUUUCAUCCCAUAUGGGUUAUCAGUAUCAGAGGAAUAAUUUAUCUGGUUCCUCCUCUCUCAGUAAUCUCAAUGUUGAUCCAUCCUUAACGCCUCAGACUGUAGUCAUGACCAAAGGGCGUAAAGUACGGUCUUCCUUAAAGAAAUUAGAAAAGCAGCAAGAUGAAAUUUUUGAAUUAUAACUAAAGGUGUAGCAUAUUCAAAUUUGUGAUUCUCAUCCAAAUUGUUAGUGGAACUUAUCAUUAGCAAUAUUAAUCUAGACUGAAUUAUACAGAAAUGAUAUCUUCAGUGCUGCAUUAACUGUUAGUUAAAGGUGCAAGGUGAUGUUACUUAUGAUUUUAAAUGAGUGUGUGUAAUCAUUGUAAUUUAUCAUAUUUCAUCGUUUCACGUAAGAUGUUGUGCUCUGUGAUUGCAUAAUACAGCUCAUUUUAUUAUUAAUGUUGUUAUUGAUUUGCCUGGGACUGUGACUGAAACUAUUUUUACUUAAUUAAAGUUGUUAAGUGUGAGUUCAUAUUUCUUCGAAAUCAAAAUGGAGUUAUGGUGUAUUUCAAAUGUUUUACAACUGAUGUUUUUUGCCUGGUCCAUGUAAAAGAUAUUAAAUGAAAUCUAGAAACUUUUUCCACUUGUAAUCCAUAAAUUUCUAAUUGUUAGAAUCCAAGAGGAUAUUAAUAAUAGUUAAUAUUUUUCAUUGUAGAUUUAUUAUUAUUAUUUUAUAGUUGGUUUUAUGUUUGUAACUUAAAUCAAACUAACAAACUAAACAAAAAAAAAAAAAUAAUAAUAAUAAAUUGGAAAUUGGAUUUGAAAGGAUCUAUUUUUAUAGAAUAAAAAAAAAUCGGUAAGAUGAAAUUUGAACUUAAAUGUAACAAAAUUAGAUCGUAUUUCUUAUAAGCUGUUGCUCUAAUGAACUGUAUUUCUUGCAUAUUAUUGGUUGAAAUUUCUCAAUGCAGUGUUUUCUUAUUUUAAAGAAACAAAUAAUUUAUUGUAGAAUAAUAUAAUUUGUAAAAUCCGCUGCUGAAAAUUUGUUUAGUAAAUAUGUUUUGCUGCAUUAAAAUUACAUAUUAGUUUCUGUAAGCAAUAAAUUCUUUCUCUAUUAGUUCAUUAUUUAAGGCCCUCAAAUUUCAUAAGAAACAUUAUAUUAGAUUAAAUUUGGAUUAUGAAUUCUGAAUUAUCAGAAUAUCUUUUUGAAUAACUUUCAAACUUCUUUCUAUUUAUUUUUAAUUUCAAAUGUUUAUUUAUAUUAUAUUUAAAAAUUGUUUUUAAUACUUUAAGUGGAAUAUUUUAGUCAUUUUUCUUAUUCCCAUAUACAAAGGUUUAAACUAAAAUUAAUUAGGUGUCUGGAAAAUGUCAUUUUGAUGGGGAAUGGUUUUAGGUAGUUUUUGAUUAAUUAUUUUUCUUUCUUUUUCUUUUCUUUCUUUCUUUUUUUUUUUGCAUUAAAUAUAGGUAAUGAAAUGCUUCAAUGCUUUCAAGUGUAAUAAACACUUUGAAAUUAAAUAUUUUUUAUUAAUUUUGUCUUGAUUUAGAAUUAAAACUGCCAUAUUUCCUUUUCAUGUUCAUGGUAUGCUUGAAAUAUUUUUAUAGGCAAUGGAAUAGAAUAAGCAGCAAAUGUUUUAUUAUUCGUUUUUUUUUUUUUUUAAGUUUUAAAAAUUGAGCUAAGGGUACAAAAUUAACAUAAUUAUUUUAUUGCAUUAGAAUUAAAUGCGAUUUAAAAAAAUCGCAUUUUAAUCAUUUUUAUUUUCACACCAAUGUUACUGUAUUAUUCGAUUCUUAGUAGAGGCUUUUUGCCCAUUUUAUUUUUCUUUUUCACUUCUUUUAAAUAUAUAUUUUUUUUAAAUGCCUUUUGGUUUUUUUUUUUUUUUUUCAUUCCAAAUUUUAUUCAUUGAUUUUGUUUGUAAAUGUGGGUUUUUUAUUUUUGUUUGAAAAAUUUUUCUCCCAAAUUAUUAAUGAACUUUUGAAAGGAGCAAGUGUUUUUUAUAGUGUUAAUGUCUAGGAAUAAUCAAUUUGUGCACUACUGAGAAAGAUGCACUAAAGUCACUGCUGCUUAUUCUGAUUUUGUGCACAGUAGAAUUAUAUUUUUACUUAAUGGAAAAGUUUCUAUAUUUCCAUUGAGUUACUUUGUAAAGAAUUAGGAUAAUAUGUGCCUUAUAGAAAUGUAGUCCUAGGCAAUGGAAUUUUUGUAAAAAUAUCAUCCUGAAUAGAUUUUGUGAAAAUUUACUGUAAGCAGUUUCUUGUCAGAUUGUAUUUAUUUAUUAUUUUUUAAAAUUUUUUAUAAAACUACUUUUUGAAAAAAGAAAUCAUUUGGCAGGUAAUAUAACUUUGUGCUGAUAUUUAUUGUCAAAUGAAUAUAUAUUGGUGUAGUUUAUCAGCAGUGUGAAAUUAAGUAUUCUUUAACAAAGUAAAACUAUUUAGAUAACAUAUAAAUAUUAAUAAUUAUUGAAAUGAUAUAUAUUCUUGGUUAUUAUAACAUUUGUUUUUCAGCAAAUGUUUACUAGUCAAAAUAAAUAUUAAUUGAUUUUAUUUAUUCAUAAAUAUUGUGUAGUUUUUAUACGUAAAGCUUUUAUUCUAUAAUUAAUAACAUUCAUAAAUUUCAAAAUCCAUUUUUCUGUAUUCUCUAGAUAUAUAUAUCUAUUAUUCUCUAGAUAUUUUUUUUUAAUGUUCUCAGGAAUUUGGUAAAAUGAAUGGAAUAUAUAUGCAACUCAGAAAUUAUGGUUCCUCUUGUUGAAAUGUUUAUUUUAAAAAUGUUUAAUGUUAAUAACUGAUUUUAAGUAGAAUAUAUAUAUAUUCUAACUACUGAACUUUUCUUUUUAAAAUUAAUUAUAUACUUUUGAAAUUCAAUGUUUUACAUAAAGAAAAUAAUUUUCAGCAUAUUUUAUAUUUUAUUUUUAAUGGAGGUUUUAAUUAAAAAUACCUUUUGGCUUGUGUUUAUAAGCAAUGGCUCAUUUACUCAUAAAUUAAUUCAUAUUUCAGUCCUAACAAGAAAAUUUUACCUUAAGUGUGCACAUAUGAUUAAAAAUUGUAUAUUUAAUACUACCACAUAAAAGGAAAUCAAACAUAUCCCCCCCCCUUAAGAAAUUUGAUGCUUAUCUUUUUUACUUUUACAUAUAUUUUCAGUUAUUCCUUUUAAAUGAAAAUGGAAUCAAUCUUUAAAAUUUUAAAUAUUGUAAUUCAUAUAGUAUUAGAUAAUUCCUUAAAGGAUUAUCAAAGUAUAAAGUGUUUUUAUUUCCAUGACUGAUUUUUUUUAAACCUUUAUUCUCAGAUUGCCUUAUCCUUAUCUUAUCUCAUUGUAUCCUUUUAAAAAUACUGAAAUAUUUUGUUAUUCCUAUUUACUUUUAUAUAAAGCAUUUUUAAAAUUAGCGAAUUAGGAAGUACUUCGUUGUUUGAUUUUGUUUUUUAUGUCUUAUUACUAAGAAUUCUUGUGAUAUAUUUUUAGUGAUGCAUAAAAAUAUAUAUAUUGUGAAAGUCAUUUUGUUUUGUAAAUAACCCAGAACAAAUUAUGCUUGUUAUAGUACUUUAUUGAGAUUUUUUCCUGUAUCAUUAUGAAGAUUUUGUGUAUAUAUUUUUGAUUCUUUAUCUUUUGAAUUUGAGACAUAUGCUUUAUUUUGAAAUAUGUUUUAUUCAAUA